UGUGGCCUAAUGGAUAAGGUCUCGAACUUCGUAUCCGAAGAUUGCAGGUUCGAGUCCUAUCACGGUCGAUGUCGGCUAAUUAAUUAUUCGGUAGGAGAAAUGAAAUAACCAUUUCGAUAAAUAAUAUCAUUAUAAAUAAUUCCGAAUGGAAAUGUUUAUAUCAAAUUAUAGCUUCAAGUAGGAAAAUGUGAACCUGUACUUGAAAAAUUAAUUGUUGCGUUCACUCUAGCCAGUCGGGUCGGGUCAAAGGUUACCCAAAAAAAGAAGAAAAAAUCAAUGUAAACAUACUUAACCUAAUUUAUAUAAUUUCAUUCCGGAAAAGUUGCGAUGUUUUCUAGUUUUGUGUAUUUGAAAUGGUUACUUAAUUAAAUUAUGAAGUGAUUUGGAUACAUUCACUCGCUGUGUUCAUAAUAUCAAAAUGGGAAAGGCGGCAACUGAAAAGACCCGCAUUCACUCGAAAAACAUGGCUGAAACAAAACACUCGCUGUAUUUUUCUCAGCUGAAAGCUAUGUUGAAGAGAAAUAUUCUGUUAAAAAAGAGAGAAAAACGGAAAACCACAGCGGAAGUGUUAUUACCAUUAUAUUCUUUAGCCAUAUUGAUCGUUAUCAAGGUAACAAUGCCAAAUCCCAAUUUACCAGAAAUGGAUACUCCUAGAGGAGAAGAAGAACUGUUACAUUAUUUUGGAAAAGUAGAAUCCCAUACUAUAGCUGUAGUACCAAAUUCAUCAGAAGUGGUGUUGUUUCUUGAACAAGUUGACGCCUUGUGGGGAUCUGUUAAACAAUUGAACACUUCAAGAAUAAAUUGGAAUUUGUAUGCAUCCGAGAAAGAUUUGAUGGCAGAAUAUUGGCACAGGCCCAAGUCCAUACCUAUAGCACUAUUAUUUGAUAACCAGGAUCCGUUGAAUGGUCCUCUGAGAUAUGAGAUCCGAACAAACCCGUCUAUCAUCGGUACACCACCGACUUCGAUUUUGUAUAGUUCUCCUUUGGCAUGUCGUGUUACUAAUAAUAAAUGGUACAGUUAUGCCAGAGUUAUUCCAGCAAUGGAAGGUGGCGAUAGUUGUCCUGUUAAUCAAUAUUAUUUCUCGGGAUUUUUAGCCCUUCAAGCUCUUAUUGAUUAUACCAGGAUUAAGAUCGACACAAAUACAGACCUUAAAGUGCCUCAACUACUUUUGGAAAUGUUUCCCAAGCCAGCACAUACUGGAAAUUGGAUGUUUUUAAUUCGUAUAAUAAUUCCUAUUUAUAUGGUUAUGGCUUUAUCUCAGUUCAUUGCAUACUUGUUGAUAUUAAUAGUUGGUGAAAAAGAGAAGAAAAUUAAAGAAGGAAUGAAAAUAAUGGGUUUAAAAGAUUCUGUUUUUUGGUUGUCAUGGUUCAUCAUAUAUGGAGUGUUUGUACUAUUUCUAUCUGUUAUUUGUGUAGUACUGCUGUAUAGCUUGAAAGUAUUUACAAAUACGAAUUUCUUAAUGAUAUUUAUUUUGAUUGUACUAUACUGUUUUUCUAUAAUUAUGUUUGGAUUCAUGAUUACACCAUUCUUCGAUAAAUCGAGGACUGCCGGGAUAUUGAGUAAUUUCAUAGUAAUUAUAAUGAGCAUGUUUUAUUUUGUACAAGUAUUUUUGAAAAAUUCAAAUCCGAUAGCUCUAUGGUGUUUAUCAGUGAUAAGUCCUUCUGGAUUUGCUCUUGCUAUCGAUAAUGCAAUUGUUAUGGAUUUAUCGGGUGAAGGAGUGAAUAUUAGUAAUAUUUGGUCUGGUCCUGGUGUUCCUUUUGGGGGCAGUCUAAUAAUGAUGGCAGUUGAUACAGUUUUAUAUGGAUUAUUAGCCUAUUAUUUAGACAGCAUUGUGCCCAGUGAACAUGGAGUGAAACGGCCGCCAUUUUUCUGUUUCAAGUGGUCAUUUUGGUUUCCUAAAAAAAAACAUCAAAAGCUUCCUCUUGCAAACGGUGAAAGCUCAGAACAAUCUUUAAACAAUACUGACUAUACAUUAGAUGUUGAGCCUGUUCCAAGAGAAAUGCGAGGAAGAGAAGCAAUUAAAAUUGUCGAUCUGUAUAAAACAUUUCAGCAUUGUCAAAAACCCGAAGUUAAAGCUGUGAAUGGAAUAAAUCUUACAAUCUACGAAGGACACAUCACCGCCAUUUUAGGUCACAAUGGCGCUGGAAAAACUACUUUAUUCAAUAUUCUCACUGGAUUAACAGCUCCUACUGCUGGUACAGCAUAUAUUUUUGGACAUGAUGUAAGAGAUCCAAAUGAUAUGGAUGCAAUUCGAAGAAUGACUGGUGUUUGUCCACAACAUGACAUUUUAUUUGAUAAUCUAACACCUCGCGAACAUCUCGAAUUUUUUGCAGCGGUUAAAGGUAUCCAUCCAUCUUUAAUAGAAUUUGAAGUCAUGAAAACACUAAGAGAUAUUGAUUUAACUGAUAAAGCCAAUUCAUCAAGUAAGCACUUAAGUGGGGGCCAAAAGAGGAAAUUAUCCAUUGGCAUAGCCAUAAUUGGAGAUCCAAAGAUAGUAAUAUUAGAUGAACCUACUGCUGGUGUUGACCCUUAUUCACGAAGACAUAUGUGGUCAGUCUUGCAGAAUAAACGUCAUGGAAGAGUAAUUCUAUUAACGACACAUUUUAUGGACGAAGCGGAUAUUUUAGCUGACAGAAAGGCGGUAGUAUCUAAAGGAAGCAUUAGAUGUUGUGGUAGCUCAUUGUUUCUCAAAAAUAAAUUUGGAAUUGGAUAUCAUCUUACAUUAGUAUUAGAAGGACAUUCUAAAGAACAUGCAAUAAACAAACUCGUCACUACGCAUGUACCGAAAGCUGAAAAAGCUCGAAGACAUGGAAGGGAAUUGAGUUUUAUACUACCUCAUAAUGCUGUAUCCAAUUUUGCGUCUUUAUUUUCUGCUAUAGAACAAGAAAUUAAUAAUAAAAGUAGUAAAUUAGGAAUAUCUAGCUACGGUGUUUCCAUGACCACUUUAGAAGAAGUUUUUCUUCAUUUAGAGCGAGAUGAAGAAACUGAAGAGGAUACAGUCGACAAUCUAUCAAAAAAGAUUGUAAGGAAUAGGGCACUAAGCCGAAGUCUUAGUUUACAAAACAAAAGUACGAGUUAUCAAUCUUUACAAAAUGAAAGUAAUAAUGCACUUAUUCAAGAUGCCAAAGCUGCCGGAGACUAUGAUGUAAACGAUUCUUCUACGAAGGGCAUUGGUUUGGAAUCUAUAGAUUGUAAACCAAAUUGGUUUCAAACUUUAGUUGCCCUAUUACGACUAAGAAUUUUGCGUUUACGACGAGAUAUAAAAAAGUUAUACUUCAUGAUAUUUCUACCUCUAGGCUUAGCUGUUCUAGGAUUAUUUGUCAACAGUUGGGAAACAGGUCAAUUAAGAACGAAAUCACUUGCCCUCAAUUUGUCGAUUUAUCCCCCAAUGCCAAUUGCUGUGCAUAAUGGAUCAGAUGCCAAUUUAGAUGAUUUUUUUAUUCAACUAUUAGACUUAGAUGCCUACGCCUUAGAUGAUUACGAUGGUAAUUUUUCAUCUUUAUUGAGCAUAGCACCACAUAUGAUGGCAUUUAAUGUAAAUCGAUUUGAAUAUCCCGAUUACAGUAUAACUGUGCUUUAUAAUGAUACACAACAACACAGUUUACCUAUCGCUCUAAAUUUAAUAAAUAACGCUCUUUUCAGGUUAUUGUCAGGUAUGGUGGUAAAUAAUGGAAAGUGGAAUCCAAUAGAAGUAAGAGCUCAACCGUUUCAACAAACAUCUAGUGAUUUUAGUUUGGGUAUGGGUACAGCUACGUUUACCAUGGGGAUGAUUUUUGCUCUUAUUCCCGUUACAUUGGCUACAGAUAUGGUCUAUGAUCGUGAGAUUAAAGCAAAAAAUCAAUUAAGGGUCAAUGGUUUGUCUUUUUCAUUGUAUUUUAUAAGUUACUUCAUUGUAUUAGCAGCAAUUAUGGCUUUCAUAUGUGCUAUAUUAUUAUUACUAGUACUACUUUUUAAAACACCAUCUCUGUCAUCGUGGCCUGCGUUAACAACUAUAGGAAUUUUAAUUUUUUUCUAUUGUCCAUCAUCAAUUCUAUUUAGCACUUGCGUUAGCUACAUAUUUGACAAAACGGAUUCUGCACAAUCAAUUAUGUCAAAUGUAUGUACUCUCCUUGGCUGGGUACCAUUUUUAUUAGUAAUGAUUCUUGGUGGAAACGUAGCAUUAACACUACAUAUAAUCUGUUCUCUUCUUAACACGAUGUAUCUUCCUUACGCAAUAAUUUAUUUCGUACAAAGGGUAGAUCUAGCAUGUAAGAGCAAUUUUGGCUGCACUGAAUUAACAUUAGAGAACUAUAUGACCAAAGAAAUCAUCAUCAUAUUCGUGGGUCUACUACUUCAUAUUCCAUUUUGGUUCUUUAUUCUCCUUAUCGUUGAUAUUAAGAAGAGCGGAGGUCGAAUAAAAGAUAUUUUUACGUUCCAAAAGAAUGUUAUUGAUGAUCUUACUGAAGAUGCUAAUGAAGCAAGUGAUAUUGGUGAAAAUGAAGAUCAUGAUGUGAAAGCCGAGAGACAUAAAGUGAAAAAUUUAAUGCACAAUCAUAUAAUAAACCCUCCUGUGGUUAUGGUUGAGAAUUUACAUAAAGAAUAUGUUAAGAGUCAAAUAAGAUGCAACUGUUGCAAAUCAGAAGAAGAAGUCGAAACAACGAAAAUCGCUGUUAAAUCUCUUUCCUUAGCUGUUGAUGCUGGAGAAGUAUUCGGUCUUCUGGGACACAACGGUGCUGGAAAAACCACAACAAUGAAAAUCAUUACGGCUGAGGAAGCACCAACAAGAGGAAGAGUUCAAAUAGCCGGUAACAGUAUAACAUCAAAUAUGAAUUCUGCAUUCCAACUACUCGGGUACUGUCCCCAGCAUGACGCAUUAUGGAAAAAUAUAACAGUGCGAGAGCACUUAGAAGUUUAUGCUUCCAUACGGGGUGUGCCUUAUCAGUCCAUUUCUCGUCUAGUCAAUUUAUAUCUGAGCGGUCUGCAAAUUCAUGAUCAUGCAGAUAAGCAAACGCAUCAGUGUUCUGGUGGUACUCGGAGAAAACUUAGUUUUGCUAUGGCUAUGGUUGGCAAUCCUAAAAUAGUUCUCUUGGACGAGCCAAGUACCGGUAUGGAUCCUAAGAGUAAAAGAUUUUUAUGGGACACUGUGCUGGCGAGUUUUCAGGGUUCAAAAGGAGCAAUCCUAACUACGCAUUCCAUGGAAGAGGCAGACGCUUUGUGUUCCAGAGUAGGAAUUAUGGUCAAAGGAGAAUUAAGGUGCCUUGGUUCGACUCAACAUUUAAAAAAUCUUUACGGUGCUGGAUAUACUUUAGAAAUGAAGUUAGGUGGAGGAGAUAUGACUCCAACAUCAGAUUCUGGAGAUAGGCAUGAUGAACUUAGGGAGUUCAUUUCCUCACUCUUUCCAGAAGCUACACUUCAAGAAAGUUUUGCUGACAGGCUUGUAUUCAGUGUCCCCCAACAAAGUGUUCCGUCGCUAGCGAAUUGUUUUAAACAAUUAGAGAAGGCUAAAGUAGAGCUGGACAUUGAAGAAUAUAGUUUUAGUCAAACAACGUUGGAACAGGUGUUCUUGAAGUUUGCCCAUGAAAGCGAAAACGACGAAUAGAAUUGGAAAGAAAAAUCGCAUAGUGUUUAUUCAAUUGUGAUCUUAAUAAAUAGUAGGGUAAAAAUAUAAAUAAGGGACAGUCGUUUAUAAAAUUUUACAAUAUUUGUUAUGUUCAUCUACUAACAUGAACUGUUAGUAAGUUUUUGUUGCUUCUAUUUAUAGAUUUAUUUAAUUUAUUAUUUAAAAAUACUCAGAUACCAGAUAUUAAAAUGUUUAUGAGGGCAGUCUCUUCACACUUACAUAAAGAUCUUGAAUCAAAUUAAAGAUAGAGUUUAAAAAUAAUUAUUUCUCGAAAAUUAAUGAAUUGGCCUACCAAAUCUCUUAAGUAGUAAACUAGUACUUAUUGAUUACAGGAAAU